AUGGGCGACGCGAGCGCGGCGGCGACGAGGAAAACGCCGCUGAACGCGGAGCAAAAGCGCGCGCUCGUGGACCAGCUCGAAUUUUACUUUGGCGACGCCAACGUCGUGACGGACGCGCAUCUGCGAGGGAUGAUGGACUCGAACGACGAUGGGUGGGUGUCGCUCGCGGAGGUGUGCGCGUUUAAUCGCAUGCGGGCGAAGCUGAAGAAACGUCGGUGGGAGGACGUCGCGGCGAACGCCGUUCGCGAGCUCGGGUCCAGCGUCGUCGAAGUAUCCGAAGACGGCUGUAGCAUAAGAAGAUUGGAGCCGGUGCCGGAUUUCGACGUGGAGGAGAUACAGUCUAGGACGGUGGUUGUGGAGAACGCGCGGGAGUUUACGGUGGCGGCGUUGAGAGCGGAAUUCGAGACGUGCGGGGAGGUGCUAAACGUGCGCGUGCGGCAGCCGGGCGGGAAGAAGUGCGACGUGGAAAAGCCGCGCGGGUUAGAUUUAAUCGUGGCGAAUUCGAAUUCGAAUCGCGCGCACGCGUUGGUUGAGUUUAGUUGCAUCGCCGAAGCGCAAGGGGCAGUGACGAGGUUGGACAAUCCUACCGACUGGCGAAAUGGUAUGCGCGUGCGCGUGUUGCUCAAGCCGGGCCAGAAGAAAAAAGCGAAAAAAGUUCAGAAGGACCCCCCCGCGGCGCUCGAGGAUGGCGGUGACGGAGAGAAAGCAGAUGGUGAGGGCGAUGAGGGUGAUGGAGAGAAAGCGGAGGGCGAGGCCACAACGAAAAAGUCCAAGAAGAAGAAGAAAUCCAAGCCUGAUUAUUCCAAAUGGGCCUCCGCCGCCGCUUUCCGCGAGAACAAGAUGACGAUCACCAGCCUCGGCGGCGAUGACGAAGCGACGGAUGGUAACUCGGGAGAAUCACUCGAGGACGCGCUUCCCAAAAAGUUGGUUUUGACGCCGCGAAGUCCAACCAUGCCAGACGGCUCGCCAGGCUUCACACGAAAGCGAACGGUCACUCCAACGAUAGACAUCGCCAAAGAAGCCCACGAUAAUGGCGGCGGUGAAUAG